AUGUAGCCCAAGUAUUAGUGACGAGUCAACCAUAUACACUCAUAGAACUUUCCACCUCAUCCACAAAAAGACAUUUUCGGAUUUUUUGUGUCUCCAUUUUUUCCCACACUGCUUCCUUUAAUGUUUUCAAUUAACUAAAGGGAGUUUGACAAAUUAUUGAAUUCUGCAAAAUUUUCAGCACAAUAAUCAUAAUCAUGAAUCAAGAAAAGAAUUUUCUGGGUAUAGCUUUUGUUUGCAGAGAUUCAGUUCAAGAUUGCCGCACUGGAAUUUGACACUGCACAAGAAUGGAUUUCAAGAAAGAGAAACUUGUUAGGUUUCACAGUGAAGAAAAACGGAAUCUUGAAGUUUUCUUGGAGAAAAAUGAGGCUGAAAACCUAGACAAGGCACUCCCUUUGUUCAAGAAUUCAACCCCUUUAUGGAAAUGUGAAGACAAGAUUCCUAAGUUUGGCAGGGCUAAGGUUUAUCCAGAAGGCUCAAAACCAGACAAGAAAGCAAUUCUUGAUCCUGGGAGUGAGAUUGUGCUGAAAUGGAACAGAGUUUUCUUGUUUUCUUGCAUAAUGGCUCUGUUUGUGGAUCCCUUGUUUUUCUACCUGCCUUCUGUGCUAAAUCAAGACAAUUCUUCAUGUAUGCAUACAGACAUGAAUUUGGGGAUCAUUGUGACAUGUUUUAGGACAGUGGCAGAUGCAUUUUAUCUGUUACAUGUGAUUAUGAAGUUUAGGAUUGCUUAUGUAUCUCCAAGCUCAAGGGUUUUUGGCAAAGGCGAACUUGUUAUGGACCGUAAUAAGAUAGCCAUGAGGUACUUGAAGUCGGAAUUCUUUAUUGAUUUCAUUGCAGCAUUGCCUCUUCCUCAGAUAGUCAUAUGGUCCAUAUUACCAGCAAUCAGAAGCUCCCACGCUGAUCAUACCAACAAUGCCCUCGUUCUUAUUGUUUUGCUGCAAUACAUCCCCCGAUUGUAUCUCAUCUUCCCAUUGAGUUCUGAGAUCAUCAAAGCUAAUGGACUUGUCACAAAGACAGCGUGGGCAGGCGCUGCUUACAAUCUGGUGCUCUACAUGUUAGCAAGCCACGUGUUAGGGGCUUCCUGGUACUUGCUGUCUAUUGAGAGACACGCGACAUGUUUGAAAUCUGCUUGCAGGGAUGAGUUCGAUGGCAUUGGCUGUUCACUUCGCUUUCUCGAUUGUGGUACUUUGACCCAUAGUGACAGAGGAAGAUGGGUAAACAGUACACAGGUGUUCAAGAAAUGCAAUCCUGAUGACACCACCUAUUUUAAUUAUGGAAUAUUUGGAAAUGCCGUUGCAAACAGUGUUGUAUCGUCUGAAUUUCUGGAGAAGUACUUCUACUGUUUAUGGUGGGGUUUACAAAACUUGAGUUCCUAUGGUCAAACGUUGUCUACGAGCACGUUUGUUGGAGAGACUAUGUUCGCCAUACUCAUCGCCAUCUUGGGGCUUGUUCUAUUUGCUCAUUUGAUUGGAAAUAUGCAGACCUAUCUGCAAUCUAUGACUGUGAGGCUUGAGGAGUGGAGACUCAGGCGUCGAGACACUGAGGAAUGGAUGAGGCAUCGCCAACUCCCGGAGGCUCUGCAACAGCGUGUGAGACGUUUUAUUCAGUACAAAUGGCUUACCACAAGAGGAGUUGAUGAAGAAUCUAUCCUCCAGGCCUUGCCAAUAGAUCUCCGUCGUGACAUCCAGCGACACCUCUGUCUAGACCUUGUUCGUCGUGUCCCGUUUUUCUCCCAGAUGGACGAUCAACUUCUUGAUGCAAUCUGUGAGCGCCUCGUCUCAUCCUUGAGCACCCAAGGCACCUACAUUGUCCGUGAGGGCGAUCCCGUCUCAGAGAUGCUCUUCAUCAUCAGGGGGGCGCUGGAGAGCUCGACCACGAAUGGAGGCCGGACAGGAUUCUUCAACUCGACAACCUUGAGGCCGGGUGACUUCUGUGGCGAGGAGCUGCUCGCGUGGGCACUGCUUCCGAGGUCCACCCUAAACUUCCCUUCCUCUACAAGAACAGUGAGAGCACUCAAUGAAGUCGAAGCAUUUGUGCUGAGAGCAGAAGACCUUAAAUUCGUCGCGAAUCAAUUCAGACGCCUCCACAGUAAGAAACUGCAGCACACUUUUAGGUACUACUCUCACCACUGGAGGACAUGGGCUGCCUGCUUCAUUCAGGCAGCAUGGCGUCGCUGCAAGAGGAGAAUGAUGGCUAAAAACCUCAGCAUGAGCGAGUCCUUCUAUUACUCUCACGACGUGCAGUUAUUAGAUGAACACGAGGACGAAGAAGAAGAAGAAGAACACGAACAAGAAGAAGAAGUAGCAGCAGCAUCUGCAGCUGAGGCGAAACAAAACCUUGGCGUCACGAUACUAGCAUCGAGAUUUGCUGCCAACACAAAGAGAGGAGCUCAGAAGGUUAAGGAUUUGGAAAUGCAUAAGCUGCAGAAGCCUGAAGAGCCGGAUUUCUCAGCCGAUGCUGAUGAGGACUAGCUCGAGUCUUCGUCUUAGGUACUCCAUUAUUUAUAGUUGUUGCAUUGGGUUGAACUUGAAUGUGCUCCAAAUGGGGGUGGUUAGGCUACAAGUUUUGUAUAGGAAGAUGGUUUUAGAGGUCGCUUUCAGGCCGUAUACUCCGUGUUUAUGUUUCAUCUCGUGUUUCACUUGGUCUUACACGAUUUCUCUAUUGGAGCUUUCGAACUAUGUAUUUUGAAUUUGAAUGGAGAUACAAUAUAAACAUGGAGCGAGUGAAACUUAUAAUUGUUAAAUAUUAGUAUGUGUA